AUGUCAGUGCAAAGGUUUCUGAAGUUAGAGGAAGCAUUAGAACUAUUCAAUAGUUUUGAUUCAGAUGAGAGCGAAGUUGAAAUUGCUGUGUUACCACCAGAUGCCAGUGAACUAACUGACGAAGAUGAAGGGGAAGAGAAUGAAGUAAAUACUGGUGAUAUUAUUGUAACUGAUGUUCCUGGGUCUCUAUGCGGGAAAGAAUCUGAUGCGAGAAAUGAUACUUCUCUUGAUACUCGGUUUGUGAUGAAACUAACACAGAAUAUUAUGAAUCCUUCAAGCUACACUUUAUAUUUUGAUAACCUUUUUACUAGCACUUAUCUUUUGAAAAGUCUUGCUGAACAGAGUUUUCGAGCUACAGUAACCAUACGAGAAAAUCGGAUAAAUCACGAGUUUCCUUUAGAAGAAUCUAAGUCUAUGCGGAAGAAAGAAAGAGGCACAUCUGAUUUUGCAGUUGACGAGAAAUCUGAGAUUUUCCUGGUGAGAUGGAAUGAAAAUAGUACUGUCACUGUUGCUACAAAUUUCAGCACUUUACAACCAUUCUUUGAUCUGAAAAGGCGAGUAAGAGGACACAAAGAUAAAGUUAACGUAAAGAUGCCAAAUUUGAUUAAUUCUUACAACAAACGUAUGGGCGGUGUGGAUCACCACGACUGGUUGGCUGAACUUUAUUCCAUUAAAAUUCGUGGAAAAAGUGGUACUGGUCACUUUUUAUACGUUCGCUGGAUAUGGCUAUCGUAA